UCUCUCUCUCUCUCUCUCUCUCUCUCUCUCCUUCUCUCUCUCUCUCUGUCUCUCUCUCUCUCUUUUUUGUCACUCAGGCGUGAGUGUGGGUUUGGUGAGAAGCUCCUGUUUGUCCUCUCACUCUCUCGGUUGUCGCUGAUUGUUCUGCAGUUAUGGAGGAUUAUCAUAAACCGGACCAGGCCACAGUGCAGGCGCUCCGAAACAUCGCCCACCGCCUCCGCAUCAACUCCAUCAGGGCCACCACCGCCGCCGGCAGCGGGCACCCCACAUCAUGCUGCAGUGUGGCCGAGAUCAUGUCUGUUCUAUUCUUCCAUACCAUGAAGUACAGGCCAGAUGACCCCAAAAACCCCAACAAUGACCGCUUCGUCCUGUCCAAGGGUCAUGCGGCCCCGGCUCUGUAUUCAAUGUGGACGGAGACUGGCUUUCUAAAGGAGAGUGACCUGGUCAACAUGUGUCAGGUGGACUCUGCUCUGGAGGGCCACCCCACACCUAAGCAACAGUUUGUGGAUGUGGCCACCGGUUCACUGGGCCAGGGUUUGGGCGUGGCCUGUGGAAUGGCCUACACUGGAAAAUACUUCGACAAGGCCAGUUUGCUGUCUGUGCUGUGUUGUCUGUGUUGUGAGUGUAGUUACCGUGUGUUCUGUCUGCUGGGUGAUGGGGAGAUGUCGGAGGGCGCUGUGUGGGAGGCCAUGGCCUUUGCCUCCUACUAUCAGCUGGACAACCUUGUGGCCAUCCUGGACAUCAACCGGCUGGGUCAGAGCGAGCCGGCGCCUCUGCAGCACCACGUGGAGAAAUACCAGAGACGCUGUGAGGCGUUCGGAUGGCACGCUAUAAUCGUAGAUGGUCACAGCGUCGAGGAGCUGUGUAAGGCUCUGACUCAGCCUCGUCACCAGCCCACCGCCAUAAUCGCCAAGACCAUCAAGGGCAAAGGCAUCCCCGUGGCGGAGGAUAAGAUGGGGUGGCAUGCGAAGGUUCUGCCAAAGGACAUGGCGGAGAGCGUGAUCAGAGACCUGCAGAGCCGCAUCCUCAACAGCAACAAGCGCCUGUACCCGGCCACCCCCACUGAGGAUGCCCCACCCGUCAGCCUGCGCAACGCCCGCAUGCCCAGCGCACCCAGCUACAAACUCGGAGAGAAGGUUGCGACUCGUAAGGCGUACGGGAUGGCUCUGGCCAAGCUGGGCCGCUAUAACGAGCGCGUGGUGGCCAUGGAUGUGGACACUAAAAACUUCACCUUCUCAGAGAUCUUCAAGAAUGAACAUCCAAACCGCUUCGUGGAGUGCUACAGCGCAGAGCAGAACAUGGUGAGUGUGGCCACAGGCUGUGCUGCCCGUGAGCGGAACAUCGUGUUUGCCAGCGGACUCGCCACCUUCUUCACCCGCGCAUACGACCAGCUGCGCAUGGCCGCCAUCUCCGAGAGCAACAUCAACCUGUGCGGCUCACACUGCGGCCUGUCAAUCGGCGAGGAUGGACCAGCCCACAUGGGUCUGGAGGAUUUGGCUAUUUUCAGGGCUCUGCCCACUGCUACUAUUUUCUACCCCAGUGAUGGUGUGUCCACUGAGAAAGCUGUGGAGCUGGCCGCUAACACCAAGGGAGUGUGUUACAUCCGGACCGGCCGUCCUGAGAGCAACAUCAUCUACAACAGCAACGAGGACUUCCACGUUGGUCAGGCCAAGGUGGUGUGUCAGAGUAAGGAUGACCAGGUGACGGUGGUUGGAGCUGGAGUGACCCUGCAUGAGGCUCUCGCUGCAGCUGAACAGCUAAAGAAAGAGAGGAUCUACAUCCGGGUGAUCGAUCCCUUCACCAUCAAACCUCUGGAUGCUAAAACCAUCAUGGACCACGCUCGCAGCACCAGGGGUCGCAUACUCACUGUAGAGGACCACUAUUACGAAGGUGGUCUUGGCGAAGCUGUAUGCUCUGCUGUAGUGAACGAGUCCGGCUUCGUCCUGCAGCGCCUCGCUGUCCCCCACGUGCCCCGCAGUGGCAAAAUGUCUGAGCUGCUCAAGAUCUACGGCAUCGACCGGGAAUCCAUUGUCCAGGCCGUCAGGAAGAUGAUCAGCAGCUCGGCUAAUGCCAAGUAGACCCACCACGAUUAGCCCCGCCCACUACACCCGAACCAGCCAGUCAGAAGCCGAGUCCACAGACAGUCGCUGUGUCCAAAACAGUCCCUAAUCACUA